AUGGCGGUCCGUCUGCGCGGUUUGCCUCAGAAAGGACGAGCCGGUCUAGAAACCGUAAUCCCAGGCGUUUCCCUGCGCGCUUCCCGCGCUGCGCGUAGCGUCCUGUCAGCGCCGGAGACCCCCAACGCCGUGGGGUUCGCGAAGGGGUCGUGCCGAGACAAAGCACAGCUGCCUCUAGAGCUGGAGAACGCUGGAGGAGAGCUCAAGGAUGGCCAGCAUCACUACGAGGGAGCUGUAGUAAUACUCGACGCUGGAGCGCAGUACGGAAAAGUCAUAGAUCGUCGAGUGCGCGAACUGUUUGUUCAGUCCGAGAUCUUCCCUUUAGAAACGCCAGCCUUUGCGAUCAGAGAGCAAGGGUUUCGAGCUAUUAUCAUUUCUGGAGGACCAAACUCUGUAUAUGCAGAAGAUGCGCCAUGGUUCGACCCAGCGAUAUUUACAAUAGGAAAACCGGUUCUUGGAAUUUGCUAUGGCAUGCAGAUGAUGAAUAAGGUAUUUGGAGGUACUGUGCACAAAAAAAGUGUUAGAGAAGAUGGAGUGUUCAGCAUUACUCUGGAUAACACAUGUUCACUGUUCAGGGGCCUUCAGAAGGAAGAGCUCGUCCUCCUCACUCAUGGAGAUAGCGUGGAUAAAGUAGCUGACGGAUUCAAAGUUGUUGCACAGUCUGGGAACAUUAUAGCAGGCAUAGCAAAUGAAUCUAAAAAACUGUAUGGAGCGCAAUUCCAUCCUGAAGUUAGCCUAACAGUGAAUGGAAAAAUGAUCCUGAAGAAUUUUCUUUAUGAUAUUGCUGGAUGCAGUGGUACUUUUACAGUGGAGAACAGAGAACUUCAGUGUAUUCAAGAUAUUAAAGAGAAAGUGGGCUCAUCGAAGGUCCUGGUUUUACUCAGUGGAGGUGUGGACUCAACAGUGUGUACUGCUCUCCUGAAUCGUGCUUUAAACCGAGAUCAGGUCAUAGCUGUACACAUAGAUAAUGGAUUUAUGCGUAAAAGGGAAAGUCAGUCUGUGGAAGAAGCACUCAAAAAACUUGGAAUUCAAGUUAAAGUGGUAAAUGCAGCGCAUUCAUUCUAUAAUGGUACAACGACUCUGCCAAUCUCUGAUGAAGACAGAACUCCACGUAAAAGGAUUAGCAAGACCUUAAAUAUGACUACAAGUCCUGAAGAAAAAAGAAAAAUUAUUGGUGACACCUUUGUGAAGAUUGCCAAUGAAGUUAUUGGAGAAAUGAAUCUGAAACCUGAAGAGGUUUUUCUUGCUCAGGGCACCCUCAGACCUGAUCUCAUUGAAAGCGCUUCCCUUGUUGCAAGUGGCAAAGCUGAAGUCAUAAAAACUCAUCAUAAUGAUACAGAACUGAUCAGAAAGCUACGAGAAGAGGGUAAAGUAAUAGAACCGUUGAAAGACUUCCACAAAGAUGAAGUGCGAGUGCUAGGCAGAGAACUUGGUCUUCCUGAAGAGCUGGUUUCUAGACAUCCCUUCCCAGGUCCUGGUCUAGCGAUCAGAGUGAUAUGUGCUGAAGAGCCUUAUGUGUGCAAAGACUUUCCUGAAACAAACAAUAUUUUGAAAAUAGUUGCAGACUUUUCUGCAAGUGUUAAAAAGCCACAUACUUUGUUGCAAAGGGUCAAAGCAUGUACAACUGAAGAAGACCAGGAGAAGCUGAUGCAGAUUACAAGCCUACAUUCACUGAAUGCCUUCUUGUUACCAAUCAAAACUGUGGGAGUGCAGGGGGACUGUCGUUCGUAUAGCUAUGUUUGCGGGAUCUCCAGUAAAGAUGCUCCACACUGGGAGUCUCUUAUGUUUCUUGCCAGACUCAUACCACGCAUGUGCCACAAUAUAAACAGAGUUGUGUAUGUGUUCGGUCCACCAGUCAAAGAACCUCCUACAGAUGUCACACCCACUUUCCUGACAACAGGAGUCCUCAGCACUUUACGUCAGGCUGAUUUCGAGGCUCACAAUAUUCUCAGGGAAUCUGGUUAUGCCGGAAAAAUUAGCCAGAUGCCAAUAAUUUUGACACCGUUGCAUUUUGAUCGAGACCCCCUACAGAAGCAACCUUCUUGUCAAAGAUCCGUGGUUAUUCGAACUUUUAUUACUAGCGAUUUCAUGACUGGUAUUGCAGCAACUCCUGGUAAUGAGGUUCCAGAAGAGGUUGUGUUAAAAAUGGUGGCGGAGAUUAAGAAGAUUCCUGGCAUUUCGCGGGUGAUGUAUGACUUGACAUCAAAACCACCAGGAACUACAGAGUGGGAGUAAUUAACUUUUUUUCUAUUGAAGUACUGUGUGCAGUUUAAACCAUAUCAGAAACCAUUCCCAGUGUUGACAUGCAGUACUGUGAAAAGAGUGACUGGAGCUGCUACAUUACAUCUGAUUCCUCUCCUGGAGCAUAAAUCUGCAGUUAAGAGCUGUGCUGGGGAUACCUAAGUGGGGCUGAGGAUUUGUACGGGUAAAUAAUCAUGGCAGCGUUGCCUGUGCGCAGACAGAUUCCUAUUGCUUUUGCCUUUGUCUUACUGAUUCUUCUUGUUUUCAUGUGUUUUACUGUUAACUGUCACUUCGAUGUCUCUUUGUUUUUGUACACCAUGUAAAAAGAGACAGUUUAUUUACUUCUACGAAAAUCAUUGUUACAGCCUAAAAAUGUAAAAUGAAUACUUUAUGUGACCAACUGCUUUUGGACAGAUUUAUUAUAAAUAAAUAUUUUGCCAAAUG